AGAGAUGUUUUUUUGCUAAUUCCUAGAAGACAAUGAUCAUAUAAAAUAAUGCAGUGUGUGAACAGACAAUUUGAUUUUUACUUCCCUCCAUGUACACUACUGCCCCACCUCUCCUAAAAAUUCAAUUUUUGUUUCUCUCCUGUUGACAUAUAAAUGCUACCCUCUUCAUCUUCUCUGUUCCCAAGCAAAGUAGCCACUCUCUGAAUAUGGAUUUCAUUGCGGGAACUCUGUUCUUCUUCUGGGUGGGUAUGCUGCUUAUGCUGCUGUGCUCUGUUUCCGGUGCAGAGCACUACAGCUCGGCCGUGGGAGACCCCGGGAUGAGAAGAGAUGGGCUCAGAAUCGGGUUCGAAGCUUGGAACUUCUGCAAUGAAGUCGGGCGAGAAGCUCCCGGGAUGGGAAGCCCGAGGGCUGCCGACUGCUUCGAUCUCUUGGGAAGUAAGCAUGAAAGGAGAAGGAAGCACAGAGAGCACCGCAGUAUUAAUUCAACUCUGAGAUUGAAGCACAGGGUGACAGAGGCUGACAACAAACUAGGAGUUGGCAAAUCAUUCUCCGGCCUAAACCCGGAUGCCCUGAACGACCCCGAUCUCUACGCUGCAGAGAAGGAGCUCUACUUAGGCUCAUUAUGUGAAGUCAAUGACACUCCGAGACCAUGGCAGUUCUGGACCAUCAUGCUUAAAAAUGGAAACUUUGACACGAGCUCCGGUCUCUGCCCCGAGAACGGGAAAAAGGUGCAACCUUUUGUCUCGCAGAACUUUCCCUGCUUCGGGAUCGGGUGUAUGAACCAACCUAUUCUUCAUCAUCAAGAAACACAUUUGUUGGGCAAUGGGACCAUGAUGAGAGGAGGCUUCAAUGGAACUUAUGAUUUGGGUUACUUCGGGUUAGGUGGUGAAGAAGAUAUUUCUUACUUCGAAGUAAUAUGGGAGAAGAAGGUUGGUGUUGGCAGCUGGGAAUUUCAUCACAAGCUCAAGACUUCCAGUAAGUAUCCAUGGCUUAUGCUCUACCUAAGAGCUGAUGCCACCAGAGGGUUCUCCGGUGGGUACCACUACGAUACCAGUGGGAUGCUCAAAUCUCUUCCAGAAUCACCUAACUUCAAGGUGAGACUGACACUAGACGUCAAGCAAGGGGGAGGUCCCAAAAGCCAGUUUUACCUCAUGGACAUUGGCAGCUGCUGGAAGAAUGAUGGGUCGCCCUGUGAUGGGGACACACUCACCGAUGUCACAAGGUACUGUGAGAUGAUCAUAAACCCCGACACGCCCUCCUGGUGCAGCCCUCGCAGCUUGCCAAACUGCCCUCUGUUCCACGUCACUCCCGGCAACAGAAAGAUUUUCAGAAAUGACACUGCCAACUUCCCUUACUCAGCCUAUCACUACUACUGCGCUCCCGGGAACGCUCAGCACUUGGAUGGCCCCACGAGCACCUGCGACCCCUAUAGCAACCCUCAGGCGCAGGAGCUGGUUCAGUUGCUGCCUCACCCCAUCUGGGCAAAGUACGGCUAUCCCACAAAGCAAGGCGAUGGUUGGAUCGGAGAUGCCAGAACUUGGGAGCUUGAUGUUGGGGCGUUGUCUAGUAGGCUCUACUUCUAUCAGGACCCCGGUACUGCUCCAGCAAGACGAACUUGGACUUCAAUUGAUGUGGGCACUGAAAUUUUUGUCAGCAACCAAGAUGAAAUGGCGGAAUGGACUCUCAGUGACUUCGACGUUCUUCUCACAUCAGUGAAGUCAUGAUUCGACUCCAUGUCCUGUCAUCUCCAGCUCGUUCAUUCUUUUAAGUAACAGGAGAAGAGGAUAUUUAAAGAGAAGGUGUACCCCUUACUGGAUCUUUUCAGAAUCAAAGCAAUAACAAGAAUCCCAAUGGUAAUCAGAGAUUCUCGUUUCCCAGAAGAAAAAAGGCUUCGGUUUCAUUCUUGACUUCAAUCAACCAAUUACAUAGUUUUCUUUCAUGGAAUCAAAAUCUCUCAAUGUAAUACGACAAUUCACAACAUAUUUUCAGAGAACUUUUCUCGGACUA